CUGUAUACAUAUUUACGAAAGUUCUUAGACGUAGACGUAGACGUAAAUUCAGACGUCGCGUGGAUUUACGUCUAAAACCGUAUUUACAAAAAAUCGUAGACGUUAAAUUACGUCAUAAUUAAAUGUAAAUCUACGUCUACUGUACCCCUACACUUAUCUUUAUUUACGACUGAGAAAAUGGCAGCCUUCUUACUGGCAAUAGCGAGAGAUCGGAGUUUACGACGACAGCGAUUUUUUCCGGGACCGCACAAACCCCGUAGAUUAUUUCAGCGACAUCGAGCUGAUCCAAAGGUAUCGCUUUCCAAGAGCCACCAUCCCCAAGUUUUCUGACAUGGUUCAAACCCGGUUGGAGAGACCAACGAACAGGUCGAAUCCUUUGCCUGUACCUUCCAUGGUAUUGUCAACUCUGAGAGUCCUGGCAAAAGGCGACUUUCAGUCUGAGGCAGCAGAUAUCCAUGGCAUUUCACAGCCGUCCUUCAGCAGGACCUUCAUGGAUGUCAUAGAUGCCCUUAACUACAGUUUGAGGAACAUCAACUUCCCGUCUGGACAAGCUGACAUUCUCCAGAUCAAGGAAGACUUUUUGAAAGUGUCUAACUUCCCGAAUGUUGUUGGGGCCAUUGAUGGCACGCUAAUUCCCAUCAUUGGAAUGUCUGGGGACGACGAGCACGUAUUUGUGUCUCGGAAAGGAUUUCAUGCCAUUAACAUGCAGGGCAUUGUUACGGCUGACCUGAAAUUCACAAAUAUUGUUUGCAAAUAUGGAGGGGCAACACAUGAUGCCUUCAUACUUGCAAACAGCAGCAUACCCGAGAUGAUGGAGCAGCUACCAGGUGGAGGUUGGCUCCUGGGUGACAGUGGAUAUCCUCUCAGACCCUGGCUAAUGACACCCAUUCUGGCUCCUCAGGCAAGACAGGAGGAGAAGUUUAACAAAAGCCACAUCAAGACUAGGAAUUGUGUGGAGAGGGCCUUUGGGGUCCUUAAGUCUAGAUUUCGAUGUCUGCACAAAACAGGAGGAGCUUUGGCAUACACCCCUGCAAAGUGUGUCAGGAUUAUUGAAUGCUGCUGUCGUCUUCACAACCGAGCCAUUGAAGAGAAGCUUCCUACACCAGUGGCAGGACAAGUCGCCAUCUAUUCCAACAACCACACUGUAAAUACACAAAAUAUUGCCAGUGCUGUAAAUAUUAGGAACAUCAUUGUUAGAAGGUUUUAAUAAAUAUGCCUAUAAUUGGUGCUAUAACAUUUCAAACAGAAAUAUGAUUAAAAAGUAGUUAUACUUGGUAGUGGUUAAUUGAAGGAGGU